UGACAGAGCACAUAAGAGUACGCCAGUGAUAAGAUAAGAUCUCUCCACCUUGAAUCCAAAUGACUUUGGUGCUUGCUUAUGAUGAACAGUUUACCUUCGACUCUUCAUCUAACCACUUCAUCUAAACAUCUCAGCAAUGGAGUUCCUGCUCGGUGGUGCAUCCUCCAUGUGUGCCGUACUGUUUACGAACCCGUUCGACGUGCUCAAAACCCGCCAGCAGCUCGAGGGUGAGCUGAUAGCGAAACAGAACCUCACAAAGCGUUCGUACAGGGGCAUCCGUCAGUCCAUCCUCACGGUGGUCCGAACGGAUGGGUUGCGUGGCCUUCAGAAAGGACUACCAGCUGCCCUGCUCUUCCAGUUCUCCAUGAACAGUGUCCGGCUGGGGACGUAUCAGACGGUAGAUAAUCUUGGCUGGACGAAAAGUGCUAACCAUCCCUCGCUGACACCGCUCCUAUCGGUGUUCUGGGGCGGAUGUGCCGGUCUCGUGAGUGCCACUGCAUCCUGCCCAUUCUACGUAGUGAAGAUACAGCUCCAGGCAGUCACUUCGGGGUCUUAUACGGCACGGUUUCAGCACCAUCACAGCGGGACAGUGUCGGCGUUUGUGAACAUUUACCAGCAGAGUGGCGUUCGAGGGCUGUUCCGGGGGUAUCCCGCAUCGGUAGCUCGUCUUGUCGUGGGAUCCGCUGCUGAAAUGGCUUCGUUCAGUGUGUGUAAGCAGUUCUUCUUGCGCUAUCAAGUAUUCCAGGAAUCGAUUGUACUGACCGCGCUGGCGAGCAGUACGGUGGCGGGAUUUUUUACAAGCGUUUUGAUGUCACCGUGUGAUGUCGUCACUACACGCAUGACCAAUCAAGCCGUAUCUGCCAACGGAAAGGGCCUGCUGUACACCAACAUCUUCGAUUGCUUCUUGAAGAUCUACCGAUCGGAAGGUAUCCACGGUUACUACAAAGGAUUCGUCCCAAUGUAUCUGCGCGUUGCUCCACACACGAUGCUCAACCUUACCUUCUGGGAGUUCUUCAAGGGUCUUCAUGAGCAGUGGAGAAUAUAAUGUGGAAAUCGAC